AAUAAUAGGUUUGCAAUGCGUUUCGUGUCAGGUUCGAUCGUAUCAAGAGAAGGAAAGUCUACGGAGGUUGUCCACAGCGAGCCUACGUCAAACAGGUUUUUACCCCUCUUCGCGAAUCGUUUGGCUCUAUUGAUCACUACUGCAGUAAACAUGGAUAGACGUCUGGUCUGCUUCGUGGGCUCCCUGUUCGUUAUAUCGGUUACAACCGCAAACGCCGAAUUUACUACAAUCAAGCACGAGACAUGCGGCGGCAACUUCAACGCUGUACGUGUGGAUCCAUGUCCCACUCUACCGUGUGUCUUCAAGAAGGGGAUGUCAUUUAAGAUGGAAACAGACUUUACAGCAGACAAAAACUUGGACACUCUGAGGAUGAAGCUGAUCGGCAACAUCGGUGGCGCGUGGUUGCCUUUCCCGGGAUUCCGCAAGAACGCGUGCCGGAAGCACGGCCUGACGUGCCCUCUGGAAGCUGGGAAGCAAUACACGCUCCAAGCAAGCCUUAAACUACAACCCAGUUUUCCAACACUUGAAACGGAUAUUGAAUGGAGUAUGUCCAGCAGGGACAACCAUACGGUAUUUUGCUUCCGGGUGCCCAUCAAGCUCGUCGACUGAACAUGACACGGAGAGCACGUCCUACAAAAUCGCCGCAGGUAUCAUGCCAAGCAAGUCAGAAGUUGAAAUAAAAAUACGUUGUACAUUA